CCUCAAUGGAUGCAGUCGUGGUCCUGGUGCUGGGUCUCUCCUUCCUGCUUCUCCUUUCACUCUGGAGACAGGGCUCUGGAAGAGGGAGGCUCCCUCCUGGCCCUGCUCCUCUCCCAAUUAUAGGAAAUAUCCUGCAGGUCGAUGUUAAAAACAUCAGCAAAUCCUUGACAAAUUUCUCAAAAGUCUAUGGCCCUGUGUUCACUCUGUAUUUGGGCAUGAAGCCCACUGUGGUGUUGUAUGGAUAUGAAGCAGUGAAGGAAGCUCUGAUUGAUCAUGGGGAAGAGUUCUCUGGACGAGGAAGUGUCCCUGUGCCUGAUAAAGUUAAUAAAGGCCUUGGAGUUGUUUUCAGCAAUGGAGAGUCAUGGAAAGAGAUGCGACGUUUCUCCUUUAUGACCCUCAGGAAUUUGGGGAUGGGGAGGAGGACUAUGGAGGACCGAGUUCAAGUAGAAGCUCACUGUCUUGUGGAAGAGUUGAGAAAAACCAAUGGCUUACCGUUUGAUCCUACUUUUAUCCUGGGCUGUGCUCCCUGCAAUGUGAUCUGCUCCAUUAUUUUCCAGAAUCGUUUUGAUUAUAAAGAUCAGGAUUUUCUCAACUUGAUGGACAAUUUAAAUGAAAAUGUCAAGAUUCUGAGCUCCCCAUGGAUGCAGGUCUGCAAUGUUUUCCCUAUUCUCAUUGAUUAUCUUCCAGGGAGUCAUAACAAAUUACAUAAAAAUUUCAAUUUUUUAAAAAAUUAUUUUUUGGAAAAAGUAAAAGAACAUAAAGAAUCCCUGGAUGUUAAUUGUCCUCGAGAUUUUAUUGACUAUUUCUUGGUCAAAAUGGAGCAGGAAAAACACAACCCACAGUCAAAGUUUACUUAUGAAAACUUGAUAGUCACGGCAUCUGAUCUGUUUGGUGCUGGGACAGAGACAACCAGCACAACACUGAAAUAUGCUCUGCUGCUCCUGAUGAAGUACCCGAAUGUCACAGUUAAAGUUCAAGAAGAGAUUGAUCAUGUGAUUGGUAGACACCGGAGCCCAUGCAUGCAGGACAGGAGCCUCAUGCCCUACACAGAUGCUGUGCUGCAUGAGAUCCAGAGAUACAUUGACCUUCUUCCUACCAGCCUGCCCCAUUCAGUGACCUGUGACAUUAAGUUCAGAAACUACCUCAUUCCCAAGGGCACAGCCAUAGUAACGUCACUGACAUCUGUGCUGCAUGACCAAAAGGAAUUCCCCAACCCAGAGAUGUUCGACCCUGGCCACUUUCUAGAUGACAAUGGCAACUUUAAGAAAAGUGACUACUUCAUGCCUUUCUCAUCAGGAAAACGGAUUUGUGUGGGAGAAGGCCUGGCUCGCAUGGAGCUGUUUUUAUUCCUAACCACUAUUUUACAGAACUUUCAACUGACAUCAUUGGUUAACCCAAAGGCCCUUGAUACCACCCCAGUUGCCAAUGGAUUUGCUUCUGUGCCACCUUCAUACCAGAUCUGUUUCACUCCUAUAUGA